CCCUCGGUCCAAGUGGUCCAAGUUAAAUAUUAAACAUUACCAGUCUUUGCAGCGAUAUCUGUGUACCUUUUUUUUCGUGCCGAAUCGGCGAAAUAAACAAACCGUUUCACAAAAACGCAUCAGCAAGUACCUCGCAAAAAUGACAUACUGCAAGUUGUUCUUUUGUUUCGCACUGUUCAUUGUGUCGGUCUUCGCCGAAAAGGAUGCAUCGAAAGCGGCUGAAAACGAGAGGGUGAAGAAAGCGGUAGUAAUCCCACCACCUGGUUCAGUUGCGGCAACUUACGGAUACUACGGCAGUCCUUAUAGCGGUUUAUACGGUAGCCCUUAUAACACCUUAUACGGCCAAGCUUACGGUUACCCAUACGGAUUGCACGACGAUGGCAAGUACCACCAUCACGCGGCUAAGUACGACGACGGCAAGUACCAUCAUCACGUGGGUAAGUACGACGAUGGCAAAUACCAUCCCGGAAAAUACGACGAUGGCAAGUACUACCCUGGAAAGUACGACAAGGCAACGGUGGCCACAGCAGUGUAUAACAAGCCGUAUUUGACCGGGUACAACGGGUACAACUAUGGUUACAACGGUUACAACGGUUACAACAACGGAUACAACCUCGGUUACAACGGCUAUAACAACGGAUACAACUACGGUUACUACGGCGGAUAUCCGUACGCUCACUAUCCUUACAACCACCAAUACAACAACCACUACGCGUCAUAUCCAUACGUAUACUAAGCCGGCCUUUUCAUCCGAACAAUUUUGUUUGACAGUUUAUCUUCUUCGAUCCCACAAAACACUAUUGUUACCACACAUAAAAAUAAUAUACUUUUGUGUCAACCGUUAUAAUGAUUGUUCUGUAUUCAAUUUGCUUUAUAAGUUUAAUAGAGUUUAUUUUAAUAUAAAAAUGUACUUUGUAAUAUUUAAACUUGAAAGAAUUCCGUCAGAUUUUAACGUGAAUAAACAUUUUAGAUAUUG